CUACUGUACUGUAAUUAAGUCUCCAUUCCAUAGAGUCUCGCAAAGUGUUUUGUGUUUUUUGAGACAAACGUCAGUGACGUUUACAUGAAGGUCAAGUUCAGUUCACAUGACGUGUGGGAGGAGCGUUGAGACUAAACGUUUGUUUCAGUUCUCCAUGACUGUAUCCUGAACGAAUGGAUUCAAUGGCUCAGCGUCCAGCCCGUGAUUCUCAGAUAUAUAUAAUAGGAUGCGGCAUCUCAGGAAUCGGUGCCGCUCAGAAAUUAAUCAAACACGGUUUUCAUAAUAUACGUAUCAUAGAAGCGACUGCAAGAAGCGGUGGAAGAAUACGAACGGGCAGACUGGGUGAUAACAUCAUUGAGAUCGGUGCCAACUGGAUCCAUGGCCCGUCGAAAGAAAACCCAGUGUUUCGUUUGGCAUGCGACUAUCAGCUCCUGGAUAAAGAGUCGAUGUCUGAAGAAAACCAGGCCAUUGACAUUGGGGGUCAUCCGUUGUUUGUUCCCAACUGGUUUACUAGUUCAGGUAGGAAACUGGGGCCUGAGACUAUGGGCCCAGCGCUUGAGUUUUUCAUGACAUUACUGGAAAGGAGCCAGCAGUUCCACAGCACCGGUGGAGAACCUCUGUCAAGUGUUGGAGAGUUCAUCAAGGCAGAAGCUGAACGUCUGGCCCCGGAGGAGUGGAAGGAGGACCAAGAUAAGUUUGCAGUGAGGAUGGCCAUGAUAAACACACUCCUCAAGCUGGAGUGCUGUGUCAGUGGAACACACACCAUGGACGAUGUCGGUCUGGGAGCAUUUGGCAUGUAUACAACUCUUCCAGGACUGGACUGCACUUUCCCAGGAGGUUAUGAAGGUUUAACUGAUCACAUAAUGAAGGAGCUUCCGCGGGACAUAGUCUUGUACAACAAGCCUGUGAAGUGCAUUCACUGGAACUACACCAAGAAUGGGCAAAACACUGGAGGAACGUCAUUCCCAGUUACGAUUGAAUGUGUUAAUGGAGAAACAUUUGCAGCAGAUCAUGUUGUUGUCACAGUUCCACUGGGAUACAUGAAGAAACACCAGAACACUUUUCUGAGUCCUCCUUUUCCACUGCACAAACUGCACUCCAUCCAGAGAAUGGGCUUUGGGACGAACAACAAGAUCUUUGUUGAGUUUGAGCAGCCUUUCUGGGAUAAAGACUGUGAACUUAUUUACCUCGUAUGGGAGGACGAGACCCAUCUUGCUGAUGUUGUUUCUGAUUUGAAGAUGUCCUGGAUUAGGAAGAUGACUGGGUUCACUGUGCUGAAGCCCACCGAAAGAUUUGGACAUGUGCUCUGUGGAUGGAUCGCAGGGCAGGAAUCAGAAUACAUGGAAUCUCUGUCUGAACUAGAAGUGCUUCAGAGUGUUACACAGCUCCUUCGCAUAUUUACUGGAAAUCCAACUAUUAUGCCAAGGAAGCUUUUAAGAUCUCAAUGGUUCCAUGAGCCCUAUUCCUGUGGAUCUUACUCCUACGUGGCCAAAGGUUGCUCAGGAUAUGACAUCGAUAACCUUGCUGAACCCUUGCCGUUGAAAGGCUCCAACUCAAAGCCUUUGCAGGUGUUAUUUGCAGGAGAAGCCACGCACAGGUCUUUCUUCUCUACUGUGCAUGGAGCUUUACUCAGUGGCUGGAGAGAAGCAGAGCGUCUGAUAUCUCACCACACUCCUGCUUCUGGAUCCUUCUCAUCUAAACUUUAAAUGCUGUCCUCAUCUGGAAAGAUUGCCAUUUUUAUUAAAUCUGAAAAGGUUUGUGCCUUAAAAUUGUGAGUAAAGGAUUAUCCGAAUGUAAUGACUGCUUGGCAAAUGUUCAAAUGCCAUUGCAAAUUAUGUAAUCUCAUUCAGCAAAUGGUCAUUUGUGAGUAUUUCAAAAUAUCUGUAACACUUCACACUGAGGUUGCAUUAGUUAACAUGAACUAACAGUACACGGUGAUUCAGCAUAUAUUCAUAUACAACAAUGCUAAUUUCAUUUUUAUUAAUUCUUGGCUUAAUCAAAAGUUGUAAAAAUUCCAAGGGCUUUUUCCUGGCUCAGAAUGAAGCAGAGGUGGUAUCCCGAUCGUGACAUUUUUGAUACUUGAAGCAAACACAUUUUGCAUUAUUCUUUUAAUCUUAUCAAGUAAUAUUAUCUUAUUUUAAAAAGACUAACGUUAAAUGUAAUUAAAUACAUGACCAUAACUUCCUGCCUGAUAUAUAUAUAUAUUAUAUAUAUAUACAUAUAUUAUAAUUUUAUGUAUGUACAGUUGAAGUCAAAAUUAUUAAACCCCCUUGAAUCAUCGGCCCCCGUUUUAUUUUUCCCCAGUUUCUGUUUAACGGAGAGAAGUUUUUUUAGCACAUUUCUAAACAGAAUAAUUUUAAUAACUCAUUAAUAACUGAUUUAUUUUAUCUUUGCCAUGAUGACAGUAAAUAAUAUUUGACUAGAUAUUUUUCAAGACACUUCUAUACAGCUUAAAGUGACAUUUAAAGGAUUAACUAGGUUAAUUAGGUUAACUGGGCAGGUUAGGGUAAUUAGGCAAGUUAUUGUAUAAUGAUGUUUUGUUCUGUAGACUAUAGAAAAAAUAUAGCCUAAUAGGGCUAAUAAUAUUGACCUUAAAAUUGUUUUUAAAAGCUUAAAAACUGCUUUUAGUCUAGCCAAAUAAAAUAAAUAAGACUUUCUCCAGAAGGAAAACUAUUAUCAGACAUACUGUGAAAAUUUCCUUGCUCUGUUAAACAUCAUUUGGGAAAUAUUUAAAAAAGAAAAAGAUUUCAAAAGAGGGCUAAUAAUUUAGAUUUCAGCUGUAUGUAUUGGUUCUUGUUAACUAUUGCAACAAAUGAGGCCUUACUGUUGUGUUACCAAAUUUAAACCAUUUUAACUGAAUGCCUGUAGUUUGCAGAAGUGCUAGUUGUUGUUUUUUGUGAUCUGAAAAUAAUUUUUAUAUAUUAAACAUAUUUUCUCAUAA